AUGCCAUCUGAACAGAAACAGUUGUUUCUUGAUGAAAAACACACUACUGUACAAAAAGAUUAUGAUGUGAAGAAUGAGAUAGUUGAUACUGUAAGAUCAGUACCUAAACCAAGCAUUUCAGGAAGUAGAUGUCAUUAUGAACUAAGAAAUGUGAAAAUUGAUUUGCCGAAGAUAAAUAUUCCAAAUGAAGCCCUAUUAAAACAUGAACUUGAGAAAUACAGAAAAUUAUUUCAGAAUAAACCACAGACUGCAAGAAAAUCUAUUAGUUUAAAGACCAUAAGCUGUGUUGAGGAGUGCAUGUUGCUCUAUAAGUCUGAGAAGACUGAAGAAGAGGGUGUAAAAAUGUCUGCAAAAAUACUCAAUUUCAACUGUUCAAAAUGCCGAGACAACACUCGAUAUAGCCCAAAUGAUUUGCAGAAACACUUCCAAAUGUGGCACCAUGGUGAAUUACCUUCCUAUCCUUGUGAAAUGUGCAGUUUUUCAGCAAAUGACUUCCAGGUAUUUAAACAACACCGACGUACCCAUAAAAGCACUUUAGUAAAAUGUGACAUUUGUAACAAUGAGAAUAUGUAUACUUUAUUGGACUUGACAAAGCAUUUCAUAUCUACACAUUGUAUUAAUGGUAAUUUUCAGUGUGAAAGGUGCAAAUUCUCAACCCAGGAUGUUGGCACGUUUGUUCAGCACAUUCAUAGACAUAAUGUAAUUCAUUAUAAAUGUGGUAAAUGCCAUCAUGUCUGUUUUUCCAAAGGAGAGCUUCAGAAGCACCUUCAUGUUCAUUCUAGUACAUAUCCCUUCACUUGUCAGUAUUGUAGGUAUGGUGCCACUAGGAGAGAAUACCUUAUAAGACAUAUUUUAACUUUUCACAAAGAACAUUUAUAUGCAAAAGAAAAACUGGAAAAAGACAAAUAUGAAAAAAAGGUGGCAAAGACUUCAGCAGGACUUAAGCUAAUACUGAAAAGAUACAAAGUAGGUGCAUCAAGGAAGAUAUUCUGGAAGCGUAAGAAAAUUAACAAUGGAAGUGAUGGAAGUAUAGAAAACACCACAGAAGUACUUAAAAAAACGAAAGAAACACAGACUAAAGACCAGAGCUGUCUUGUUCAGGAACAUUUAAAUGAAAAAAAAGAUGAAAGAGUACAUCAUGAGAAGAAGAAUGAGAAACCCACUGAAAUACAGUCAGAAAAGCCAACUCUUCAGUCCACUGCACAGUGUAAUAGAGCUGAAGAGGGGUCAAAGUCUGCUUCUGGUUCCUUGAAGAUGACUUCUAUACAAGGACCUACAAUGUUAAUGGUGAAAAAUAGUAAAAUAACAGUCCCUGCUAACUACAGUGCUAAGUUUAUGGGCUUCAAGAUGGUGGAUGGAAAACAACAUAUUGUAAUAAAAUUGUUGCCUGCCAAUAAACAAAGUUUAUAUUCACCAAGCUCACAGUCAGAUGCUUCUAAGGACAGUGCUACUAAUUUGCAGCCUCAGACUUUGGAUACCACUGGAUUUUUAUCUGUAGGCGUAGCACCAGCUGAGUUAAAUGACCCCGUUUACAUCAAAACAACUCCAUUUUCAUGUUCAUCUCCUGUACUUUCAGGGAAAGUAACUUCACAAAAGGAAAUGACUUUGUUAUCUCAAAUGAAUAAUACGCUUCACACAGUGGAUGAUGAAAAAAGUGUACCUUUUUUGCCAACAACAUCAGAAUUUGUUACAGGAUCAGUGAAUUUGACCACUAAAGUUGAAGCCAAGGCUAAUGUCGCCUUAUGGGGAAAUCACAUUACUCAGAGUCACUCUCAGGUAUUAGGUACCACCUUUAAAAGUCCAGAUAAAGUCACCUGUACUGUGAAACCAAGUGCAUACAGCAGUGGAGAUAUGCAUAACUAUUGCAUUAAUUAUAUCAACUCUGAGUCACCUGUUGACUCUUCCAACCAAGGAUCUUUACCUUUUCAUAAUUACUCAAAAGUGAAUAAUAAACAUCAUAGGUUUUUAGGAACAGCAGUGUAUGAAAAUCUUCAAAGAGAAUCUUCAUCAAGCAGAAUAACGGUCCAACAACCAAUAAGUAAAUCGGUUAUAUCACUAGUGAAGAAGGAGAGCUCAAAUCCAGAUAGUCUAUUAGCAUCUGUUAGCCUUUUAAAUACUAAAUAUGGAGCUAUAAAAACACAGGCUGAAAUUGAAAAACAGUGUGCUUUAGGAAAAGGACAAAACAUUGAUGGACAGAACCUGUACACUGAUGAAAGUCAAAAUUUAGAGAAUGCGACUGAAAAACCUAAAUGGGGUAACUUUUCUAAUAUCGAUUCACCUAUGAUGCCUAGAAUCACAUCAGUUUUCUCUCUCCAGAGCCAACAGGCUUCGGAAUUUUUGCCACCUGAGGUAAACCAGUUACUUCAAGAUGUACUAAAAACAAAAUCUGAUAUAAAACAAGAUUCCAGUAACACUCCAGAUAAAGGCCUACCACUGCAUAGUGACCAGUCAUUUCAAAAACACGAGAGAGACGAAAAAAUAGUUGAAUCCUCAAAAGACUUGAAAAUGCAAGGUAUCUUCUCAGUCCCAUCUGGUAGUGUUGCUGUUAAUGACCCUACACAUGAUCUGAAUUUAAAAUGUAAUGGAAAACAAGUGCUAUCAAUGUCACAGAAUGUGAGAGAUUCAGAGAAGACACCUAGAAUUUCAGGAAUUGGCACAUUACUUAAGACUCAGUCAGAUGCAAUAAUAACACAGCAGCUGGUAAAAGACAAACUAAGAGCCACUACGCAAAAUUUAAGUUCUUUGUAUAUACAGAAUCCAGUUGUAAAUUCAGAGCAAAAGAAAACUAUAUUUGUUCAGACUCCAAAAGGUCUUUUUGUACCAUUGCACAUUGCUAACAAGCCUGGAUUACAGAUUGUUUCAGGAAGACCUCUUUCAUUCGUUAACACACAAGGUGUCCCUACUUCUCUUCUUUUAAACAAGAAACCUGGGAUGAUUUUAACUUUUAAUAAUGGGAAACUUGAAGGUGUUGCCAGUGUCAAAACUGAGAGUGCUCAAUCUUGUGGUGGAACUACGACUAAGGAGCCUAGCAGAGCACCAAUUUUAAAGGUAGAGCCAAGUAAUAAUUGUCUUACACCUGCACUUUGUUCCAGCAUUGGCAGUUGUUUGAGCAUGAAAAGUAGUUCAGAAAAUAAUUUGUCAUUAAAAGGCCCUUACAUUAUUAAAACAUCAGCAACUUCUCCAGUGAAAGCUGUUCCUGCCCCUACUCCUACUGUGCACUCUGAGCAUCAGCACACGAAGUUGAAUAGCUUGGAUCCAGCCAAACAACAGAAUGAAGUUUUUCCAAAACCACCUCUUUAUACCCUCUUGCCUGAUGGCAAACAAACUGUUUUUUUUAAGUGUGUGAUGCCAAAUAAAACUGAGCUGCUUAAGCCGAAAGUAGUCCAAAAUAGUACUUACCAUCAAAAUACACAGCCAAAGAAACCUGAAGGAACACCACAAAAAAUACUGCUGAAAAUUUUUAACCCUGUUUUAAAUGUGACUGCUGCUAAUAAUCUGUCAGGAAACCACUCUGCAUCUUCAUUGCAAAAAACUGAUGGACCAUCUACUCAGACUAUGGAAGGAGGGCCCAAGGAGCCAGAGUCUUCUCGAGAGGCCUUACCUUUCUUACUGGACGAUUUGAUGCCAGCAAAUGAAAUUGUGAUAACUUCUACGGCAGCAUGCCCAGAAUCUCCUGAGCAGCCAGUGUGUAUCACUAACUGUUCAGAUGCCAGGGUAUUAAGGUCUGAAGUUGACUGUACAAAUGAGAGAAGCUUCAGUAGCAAAAAGGCUUGCAAAAGAAAUUUUUCAAGAAUAAAAACUGAUGUCAGAAGUAAAGAUUCUGAAACUGCCUUUGCAACUAGAGAGAGAAACUGUAAACGAAAAUGUAAGGAUAAUUACCAAGAACCUCCUAGAAAAAAAGCAACAUUGCAUAGAAAGUGUAAAGAAAAGGCUAAACCUAAAGAUUUCUGUGAAACUUUUGGACCUAGGUUUUCAAAAGAUUCUGUCAGAACUUUGCGCCUUUUCCCCUUUAGUUCCAAACAGCUUGUGAAAUGUCCUAGGAGAAACCAACCAGUUGUAGUUUUGAAUCAUCCUGAUGCAGAUGCACCGGAAGUUGUAAAUGUGAUGAAAACUAUUGCUAAAUUCAAUGGACGUGUGCUCAAGGUUUCAUUGUCAAAAAGAACUAUGAAUGCCUUACUGAAACCAGUUUGUUGUGACCCUUCAAAAACAACUUAUGAUGAGUAUUCCAAAAGGCACAAAAUAUUUAAACCUCUUAGUUCUGUGAAAGAAAGAUUUGUGCUAAAAUUAACACUCAAAAAGACAAGCAAAAACAAUUACCAGAUUGUGAAAACUACCUCUGAAAGUAUUUUGAAGGCUAAGUUUAACUGUUGGUUUUGUGGUCGAGUGUUUGACAAUCAGGAUGCUUGGGCUGGUCAUGGGCAGAGACAUUUAAUGGAAGCUACUCGAGAUUGGAAUAUGUUAGAAUAA